AUGGUGGGGACUGUGUCCCAAAGGACAUCCUCAGGACAGUGGUGUACUGCUGGUGCAGCCUGUGCUUUGGAGAUUGAGGAGGAGACAAAGACGGCUGCCUUUUCCCUGGAGCUAGCUGCCUGUCCAGCAGAGAUCUGCUUUUGGCCUCUGCAGGUUAAGUCCAGAGCUUUGAUGGAACAGAUAUCCUAUAUUAUUCCAAUUUAUGAGACACUGUACACUGUGCAUCUUAAAAAAAGGUAUUUUUUGGCAGAUAAUUUCAUCAUUUAUUUGUAUCAUCAAGGAACUCUGGAUUCUCAUUCUUCAGAUAUACAGCCUCACUGUUACUAUCAAGGAUAUGUUGAAGGAUAUCCAAAUUCCAUUGUCACACUCAGCACGUGCUCUGGACUCAGAGGAAUACUACAAUUUGAAAAUGUGUCUUAUGGAAUUGAGCCUCUGGAAUCUAUAGUUCAAUUUCGGCAUCUCCUUUAUAAAUUAGGGAAUGACAACAUGGAAUUUUCAAGUUCUAACAAUACCGAAAGCACAAGAAAACACCCCGUGAAAUACAACAUUUAUAUACAUGAAAAACCAGAACCACCUGUCCCAGAUAUAUUUCUUCUUUAUGUAGAAAUGCACAUUGUGGUGGGCAAAGCUCUGUAUGAAUACCUGGGCUCUGAUAGCAUGAUAGUAACAAAUAAAAUCAUCAAAAUUAUUGGCCUCGUAAAUUCAAUGUUUACCCAAUUUAAAAUUACUAUUGUGCUGUUGUCAUUGGAGUUGUGGUCAGAUAAAAAUAAGGUUUCCACAGUUGGUGAGGCAGAUGAAUUAUUGCAAAUAUUUGCAACAUGGAAGCAGUCUUAUCUUAACUUACCGCCUCAUGAUGUUGCAUAUCUAUUCAUUUACAGGGAUUAUCCAGAUUAUGUGGGUGCAGUGUUUCCUGCAAAGAUAUGCAACACUCGUUAUUCUGUAGGAAUUGCAGUGUAUCACAAGAGGUUAACUUUGGAGGCAUUUUCAGUUACUGUCUCCCAGAUGCUGGCACUCAGUCUGGGGAUAUCAUAUGAUGAUCCAAAGAAAUGUCACUGCUCAGAAGCCAUCUGUAUAAUGAAUCCAGAAGCUAUGAAAUCCAGUGGUGCAAAGACUUUUAGCAAUUGCAGUUUGAGUGACUUUACAAGUCUCAUUUCAAAUGAGGGUGCCAGAUGUCUUCAGAAUAAACCACAAAUGCAAAGAAAGAGGAUAGUCUGUGGCAAUGGCAAAGUAGAGGGCACUGAAAUCUGUGAUUGUGGUACUGCAGAACAAUGUGGACCUGACAGUUGUUGUGAUCCUGCAACUUGUCAGCUGCGACAAGGAUUCAAUUGUCUCUCAGGAGACUGCUGCUUACAAUGCCGUGUAAGAAUUAUGGGAGUCGAUCAUUUAUGCAGGCCCCGUUUGCAUCCUGAAUGUGAUGUGCCUGAAUAUUGUAAUGGAAGCUCAGCAGACUGUCCAGUUGACAUAACUCUACAUGAUGGAGUUCCAUGCAAAAAUAAUGAGACUGUUUGUUAUGGGGGGAAUUGCCCUGAUCUUGAUAUAUUUUGUGAGUCAGUAUUUGGAAAAGGUUCAAAAAAUGCUCCAUUUGUCUGCUAUGAAGAAAUAAAUGCUCAUUCAGAUAGGUAUGGGAACUGUGGUAAAUGGAGGACCUCAUAUAGAGGCUGUACAUGGAGAAGUCUUGGAUGUGGACGAUUAAUUUGUAGCUACCCUUCUCGAACUCCUUUUUAUCAAGAAAACGGUACUGUGGUUUAUGCCGCUAUAGAAGAUAACUUAUGUGUGACGAUAUCCUAUGGUUUGAUUGAACAACCUGUAGAUCCACUGUUGAUCCCAAACGGCGCUGUAUGUGAUAAGGAACGGGUAUGUGUAAAUUCUGAAUGUAGAGAAACAAGAUUCAUGAGGAAUCAUUCAUACCAUUGUGGACUACAGUGCCAUGGACAUGGAGUGUGUGAUUCCCAGAGGAAAUGCCAUUGUUCUGAGGGCUAUCUACCUCCAGAUUGCGAGCGGAGUGUCAGAGGUUUUCCAGUAUUUCCUGGGGAAAGGGGUUUAAAGAAGAAGAAAGCUUCUAGGAAGGUGGAAGAACAUUGGCUUCUAGGUUUCUAUGUUGGCUUGUCUAUUCUGAUCAUAGCCACUGCAAUAAUUGUGGCAUGGUUUAAUUUGAAAAAGCGAUCCACUGAGGAAGAGGAAACCCUAAUAAUGAAUAAUUCCUUCAGAAGACAGUGGAUAAUACCACGAGUCAGAGAAAUAGAAAUUCUGCCUUUCCCACCACGAUCACAGCUGAAGGAAGCAAUAAACUAUGUGGACCAACUUUCACGCCUGCAUGUCUGUUUUUCUUUUCCACUUCUUCGAACUGAGAAUUCAAACCAUGGACUAUGCUCCCACAAUCUCCGAGUCAUGAACUCAAGACAGUGGUCCAUCCUGGGCAUCUCUAGUCCUACAGAGAUCCUUGUGCUCUUCCCAUUUGUCUUCUCCAUGGCUCUUCUGCCACCUGCCAUCACUUUCCUACCCAGAUGUGGCUUGCCAGCAGGUCUAGUGAAUACAGAUGUUUGCUCACCUUACCUUCCCCGUGUCCACACCUGA